GCUGUAGACGAGAAGGUCGAAGCGGUCGUUAAGUGGUGAGAAAUAUCAUAUCAAUUAGAUGGCAGAGGAGGCGUAACGGUGGAGACGGAAAAUAAGACGGAGAGAACAGAGAGAGUAGAGAGUAAUCUCACGAAGUUCUAAUCGAUCGUGAAUGCCAAGUUCCUGUAUAUAUACUUCAAACCCAAAAGUCGCAUAAUAACGUUGCUCAUGCGCCUGCAGUCUUAUCCUUCGCCCCGCCUCGUCUUCUCAUGCACGCACUCUCUAGUGCCAACUCCUUUCGCUCACGUCUACACCAAUAAUUCCUCUUCGAUUUUGGUGCAUCCCCCCAUGUUACCCCAAACCCAGAUACACCCACCUCUCAAAAUCCCAACACUCCCUCAUCAGCCCAAUACUUUGAAAGACAUUUGCCUACGAGGAAACCUCAAGGAAGCCUUCCGAUCACUUUCUGUUUCCUUCAACGAUUACCCAGAUGAGAUUUAUGCCCCGGUUCUUGAGCUUUGUGCCAACAAGAAAGCUCUUUCUCAAGGGCUACAAAUUCAUGCCCACGUUAUAAAAUCUUGGUCUGUGUCUGAGUCCGUGUUUUUAGGAACUAAACUUGUGUUUAUGUAUGGGAAAUGCGGGUCAAUUGAGAAUGCUGAGCAAGUGUUUGAUCAAAUGGGUCAGCGAAGUAUUUUUACUUGGAAUGCUAUGAUUGGAGCUUAUGUUUCAAACGGGGAACCUUUGGGAGCUCUUGAAACGUAUAAACAAAUGCGGGUUUUGGGAGUUUCUCUUGAUGCUUAUACUUUUCCUUCUCUGCUUAAAGCUAGUAGUUUGCUUAAAAAUCUCCGUUUAGGGACUGAAAUUCAUGGCCUGGCUGUCAAGUUUGGAUGUAGUUCUACUGUUUUUGUCGCCAACUCUUUAGUUGCUAUGUAUGCAAAAUGUGAUGAUCUUUAUGGAGCAAGGAGAUUAUUUAAGAGAAUGGCUCAAAAAAAUGAUGUUGUGUCAUGGAAUUCUAUAGUUUCAGCAUAUGCUGCAAAUGGGAAAUCUAUGGAAGCAUUGAAACUUUUCAGGGAAAUGCAAAAGGCUGGUCUUGACAGAAAUACCUACACUUUCGUUGCUUCUCUUCAGGCUUGUGCGGAUUAUUCCUUUAGGAAAUUAGGUAUGGAGAUACAUGCUGCUGUUUUGAAAUCAACUCAGCAUCUUGAUGUUUAUGUUGCCAAUGCUUUGAUUUCCAUGUAUGUCAGGUGUUGUAAGAUGAGUGAGGCCGUGAGAAUUUUUAAUGAAUUGGAUGAGAAAGAUAAAGUAUCGCGGAAUUCUAUGCUUACAGGGUUUAUCCAAAAUGGUAUGUACCAUGAAGCUAUGUAUUUCUUCCAUGAUUUUCUGAAUGCUGGUCAAAAACCUGACCAGGUUACAAUAAUAAGCAUCCUUGUAGCCUGUGGGCGACUGGGUUAUUUAUUGAAUGGAAGGGAAUUGCAUGCUCAUGCAAUAAAAUAUGGGUUUGAUUUCGAUUUACAGGUUGGAAAUACUCUUAUAGAUAUGUAUGCAAAGUGUGGUUGUGUGAACCAUAUGGGCCGUGCUUUUGAUAGGAUGCCUUACAAAGAUAUUAUUUCUUGGACUACUAUUAUUGCUGGCUAUGCCCAAAACAAUUAUGGUUUAAAGGCCUUUGAAUCAUUCCGAGAAGUGCAACUAGUUGGUAUGGAUGCUGAUCCAAUGAUGAUAGGUAGCUUACUGCUGGCUUGUAGUGAAGUGAAAUGCGUGUCCCAAGUUAAAGAAAUUCAUGGUUACAUUAUGAGAAGAGGCUUGUCUGAUGUUGUGCUAGAAAACACAAUCAUUGAUGUAUAUGGAGAGUGUGGAAACAUAGAUUAUGCUGUGCAAACCUUUGAAUUGAUCAAGUUUAAAGAUGUUGUGUCAUGGACAAGCAUGAUUUCUGCAUGUGUACGUAAUGGGCUCGCAAAUGAAGCUCUUAAACUGUUCCACAUUAUGAACAAAACUGGUAUUCAGCCUGAUUCUGUAGCAUUAAUAAGCUUACUCUCUGGUGCUUCCAAUUUGUCUGGCUUGAAGAACGGGAAAGAAAUCCACAGUUUUGUUAUUAGGAAAGGUUUCAUUCUAGAAGGAUCCAUCGCCAGCUCUCUUGUGGAUAUGUAUUCUCACUGUGGAAUGGUGGAGAAUGCGUACAAGGUAUUUAAGUCUGUUCAAAAUAAGGGCUUAGUCCUAUGGACAAGUAUGAUUAAUUCAUAUGGAAUGCAUGGCCAUGGAAAAGCAGCCAUUGAUUUGUUUAAUAAGAUGAAGGAAAACCUCACUCCAGAUCAUGUAACUUUUUUGGCAGUUCUAUAUGCUUGCAGUCAUUCAGGAUUGAUUGAUGAAGGUAGAAGAGUUUUUGAGAUUAUGAAAUAUGAAUAUCAAUUGGAACCAUGGACAGAGCACUAUGCUUGUCUGGUUGAUCUCCUUGGUCGAGCAAAUUGCUUGGAAGAGGCAUAUGAAAUUGUGGAAAGCAUGCAGAUGGAACCCACUGCUGAAAUUUGGUGUGCACUCCUUGGGGCUUGCCAAGUACACUCAAACAAAGAACUAGGAGAAAUUGCAGCCCAUAAACUUUUGGAGUUAGACCCCAAGAAUCCAGGACAUUAUGUGCUCAUUUCUAAUGUCUUUGCAGCAAGAGGAAGAUGUAAAGAUGCUGAGGAAAUUAGAACUAGAAUGAAGGAGAGAGGUCUGAAGAAGAAUCCUGGAUGUAGCUGGAUUGAGGUAGGGAACAGGAUUCAUACUUUCAUGGCAAGAGACAAGUCGCACCCAGAGUGUCUCGAGAUAAAUAAAAAAUUGGAUCAAGUCACGAAAAAGCUAGAGAAGGAAGGAGGUUAUGUGGCUCAAACAAAGUUUGUUUUGCACAACGUGGAGGAAAAUGAGAAAGUUAUAAUGCUAUAUGGACACAGUGAAAGGUUGGCCAUUGCAUAUGGUUUGCUUAGGACUGCUGAGGGAACCCCUAUUCGGAUUACAAAGAAUCUUCGUAUCUGUGGUGAUUGUCAUACUUUCUGUAAGCUAGUUUCUGGACUCUUUGGACGUGAACUUGUUGUGAGGGAUGCCAAUAGAUUUCACCAUUUUGAGGGUGGGGUUUGUUCUUGUGGGGAUUUCUGGUAAAUGUUACACCAAAUGAUUCAAAUCAUAGGCUUUUAUUCUUCAUUCCUGCUGCUGGUAUUGGAAUCACUCUCAAAUGAUCAAUCCAUGGUUCUGUCUCCCCCUGUGGUUCAAGUCUCACAUGGUCAGAUUGCAAACAACAGAGAUAGAGAUUAUUGAUAACCUAAAAAUUUGACUUCAGGAAAGGGGUGGAGAAGAACUCUGGAGUGAAGCAGCACUUUGACGAGGGUUAAUGGAAUUUUAGUAAAUCUGAAUGUCAGAUUAUUGUGAGAACGCAUUGAGAAAACCAUGAUUCUGACCGAAAUUGCGCUCGCCAUGCUACAAGGAGUGCCUAAAAAAGUGAUGCAUAUGCCACCAUAUUGGUUCCCAUUUUUGUUCAUGCCAUUGCUGAUUCAUCAUUGUUGUACAUUAUGAUCUGAACUCGACUGAAAAUAUGAAAUAAUAAAGAUUUUGUAAAUUUCCA